CAUCAGCACGCGCUCGACUUUUAGUUCUCGUUUGAACAGCUUCGCGUUCGGUUCUCCACGCAGCCCCAGCGCAGAUAAAAAGCUCCGAACCAAAUUCCAAUCGAUAAAACGAACUCACCAAAACCAAGCCAGGCAAACACCAAUCACCAUGAUCAAGGCGAGAGAUUCGAUGAGGCUGCUGCUCAUUAGUCUGCUGAUUGGACAACUGUACGUGAGUUGUUCAGGAUCGCCCAUAGACGCGGAUGACAAGGGUACAGAUUAUCAGGACGACGAAUAUGAGUACGGCGACGAUGGCGAUGAUGGUGACACCCAAAUCUUCGAUGUGACAAAAAACCAUGCUGAGCAGGAAGCGCCGCCGUAUUUUGAGGUUAUGGACCUAAGGGUCGAAGCCAAGCCGGGCGAUGAUGUGGUCCUCAACUGCGAUGCGCGGAAUUUCCAGCUUAGCAACGCGGUGAUGUGGUACAAGAACCGGAUAAUCAUAGCCAACGGACAGAAUCCCAUUAGCCAGCGGGUGCAGUGCAUGCUGAACAACUCGAUACUCCUUAGGAACGUGUCGCCGGAGGACUCGGAUGACUACUACUGCGAAAUCCUGCCCCAGAGGGUUCGACAGCACACGGCACUGCGGGUGGGCGCCCGGCUGUCGAUCCUCUGCGACGAUCGCGACAUCACGGAUCGAUCGCAGACGUUCAGGCAGGGCGACCACCACAAGCUCGAGUGUCGAACCUAUCUGCCCGACAAUGCCACUAUCAAGUGGUCCUUUAAUGAUCUGAACGGACAGCCCUCCGCCGUGGACAACCAGAACGGCGUGAUUAUCCUCGACAAUGUGGAUGAGAAGAACGCCGGCGACUACCAGUGCUUGGCCGACGAUGGCAGUCGCCAUCCUCCCCAUGGCACCGUUCACAUCGAUGUCCAGUACAGCCCCAUCGUGUCCACCCAUCGGCAUAAUUUGAACACCGAGAAGGGCGCCACCGCCGAGCUGUACUGCAACUAUCGGGCGAAACCCAUUGGCAGGAGCUACUUCAUCAAGGACGGCAAGACCCUUCAGCUCUCAGACAAGUACUCCCUCAAGGACUCGGUUCACAAUGGCCACAAUCGCACCACCCUGCUUGUCAGGGAGGUGACCGACAGCGAUCUGGGCGAGUAUCUGUGCCAGGUGGAGAACGCCAUUGGAUCCAACGAGGUGAAGGUGCACGUCAGCUACAAUCCGGAGACCCCGCAGUUCGAGGACAUGACCGUGGAGGGCAACAAGGUCACGCUGCACUGGCUGGUCAGGAGUCACCAGCUCCUUUCGGAGGCCAUGUUGGACUACCAGCUAACUGGGUCGUACACUUGGAGCACUGUCCAGGUGCUGGAGACACAUCGCCACAACAACACGGAUAACAUCUGGAAGAUCACCCACCAACUGGAGCUGAGCCGUGGAGUAUGGCAUGCGCGCGUCAAGACGAAGAACACCAAAGGAUGGUCCCACUUUUCGAACGACCACGUCUUCGAGAUCCCGGAGUACUCCGAGGUCGACAAAGAUGAAGAAGUGGAACUGCCCCCGGAUGAGAUCGUGAGGGCUGGAAUCAUGCCCAUGAGCAAAGGAGCUGCGUCAUCGAUGCAGCGCCUGAACGUGGGAGUGAUCCUGCUGGCAGCGCUCCUGCUGCGUGUCCGCCUCUAAGGGGUGCCACCCAACCAGACCGAGAUGUGUACAUACGUAUUUCCGGAUUACUCAGCUAUCGAGGCUAUCGGAGCGAUAGCGAAACGCACAUAGGAACCGAAACUAAAGUAUUCUAAUUAUACAAAUGCUAAUGCGCGACCGCUGGCUUGGGUCAAUGUUAAUGUUAUGCUAUAGAACACGCUGGAGCGAUCACUGAAACGAAACAUUAGUGCCAAGCAAGGAAGUGACUGGGAGAUCGGCGAGGACUAAAGUUAAUUUAGUUUAGUUAAAGUUAAAGCUGCACAAGCGACGAGGGCAGAGCAACUGCGACGAUCGGUUUAACCGAAAAGAGCAACAUUUUGAUUAACCUUAGCUAUAAUAUUUAUUUGUUUUUUUCUGUCUGCAUGUGCGUGUUGUUGGCACUUCUGAGGAGGAGCCCGAACCGAAAACGAAUACUAAUACGACGCAAAAUUGGGAGCGAUCCCAUAUACCAUACAAUCCCCGAUGGCAUGGUAUAGCGAAAAGUGGUUUAAGUUCAAGGGACUUUAUAGGACUUGCAAUACGCACCAUAUUUUUGUACAUGCAAACGUACUUACGAACAUUAGGCUAACUGAAGCGGAGGGGAAGCUGGGGGGACUUAUCGAAUGGCAUGCUAAUUAUUUUAUAAACUAGACCAAAGCUUAGACAUACAUAUGUGUACCUACCACACACCAUACAUAUGAAACUUAUUUUUACGGAACUACGCCACAUCAACACUCAAUGGAACAGAACGAUUCAAAAUAUACAAAUCAAAAGCUAGAACGCAUAUGUACCUAUGCCUAGGAGAAACCGAAGAAGUCGAGGAAAGCCAUAUACAUCUAGGUAUAAUAUACACUCUAACUGAUUGAUAAUCGAUUGAUAAUCCGGGUUUGGCUUUACUCCUGUCCUUGAUUCUGCUACAAUACCUGAGGAAUAUCGCCAUAACAUGCUGACCAUGUACGCUGUACUGUACUGUACGUAUGAGUAAUCAGAUUGUGAGUGUAGGAAUAUAUUUUAUAAAUGUUUUAUUUAAGAAUCAUAACAUUAGAGCUGAUCAAUAAACGUGCCAAUCGAAGCAAUCAACCGAAACUGAUUGAUUGCUCGCUAAAUCAAAUCAAAAACGCCACAAAAAUAAAGUUCCAUAAGCAAAGUUUUGACGAGGACCUGAUUUCGAAAGCCGACCUUGAAGCAUAUACAUAUAUAUACACCGAAUCAUAUAUAU